AAGCAUCGGGAGACCUUUAACAUCCGAUUCUCUCCCUCGUCGUUCGGCCAUUCGUCGGUCAGUCAGCAACGGAAACACUUAUUUAGCCGCACGCAGUGGACGCUGCACGCUCCUUCUCUCUCCACCUCCAUCUUCGUCUCCAAUCAAGCCGCCGAUCCGCAUCCCAGGUUUAUCGCCCGGGUGGUUAUCGCCGGAUAUUUUCGCUGCAAGAGAUAAAGUUCAACCGUCGCGGCAAGAUCUCCAUAGAUCGCAUUUCCGUAUAAUUUAAGAUCUCUCUCAGUGAAACUUUCAAGCAUCGGAGGUGACGAUAGAAGCCACGAGAACAAGAAAUCGGGCAGAGUACAGUGAUCGGUGCAAAGAUCAUUUAUCGUGAAAGUUCUUUCUUCCGGUGGUGAUUCUCCCGUGAAGAUAUACUGCCAGGAUCGCAUAUCAGCGAAUUUCUGGCGAAACAACAAGGCGAACUUCGACAGAUGCACGUCGAGGAAUGAGGACCAAUCUGUGGUAGAAGCAAUCUCGCAAAUUCCGGAAGCGAAUAAGGGUUGCUUGCCCCCCGGAAACCAUGACUGCCAAGGCGAUACUACUUCUUGCGCUUGCAUGCGCGAUAACUGCUGUGCAAGGAGAGAUUGCCAAGGACCCAUCGCAGUGCGGCCGAACAAAAUGCAGGGUUCCGUCGGAAAGAAAAUUCAAAUAUCACGAAGAUGUUCACUAUGUGUAUAAGUAUUCCGUGGAUUUGAGUACGAAUCUGGGUUAUCAUCAGGUGUCGUCUCGUCAUUCAAAAAAUGAUUCAGCUCUGCACAUUGACGCUACCCUGUCCGUACAUUUCAACAAUCCUUGCGAGGGUACUUUAAGAAUUCUAAAUGCCAGUAUCAGCCACGAUCGUAGUACGUACAAUCCCGAGUUUCCGGAUCGCGCUGGCUCCGAGUUCAAGGCCAGCCUCGAGCGUUACACACUGACGUUCACCUUUGACGAUGGGCUGAUCCAUGAACUAUGUCCGGAUCGGCGUGAGCCGGUCUGGGCAUUAAAUAUCAAACGGGGUGUUCUCUCGAUGCUGCAGAACACCAUGCGGCGUUUUGACGUGGAUCAUCGUGGUGACGAGGUAGAUGUUUACGGUAUCUGCGAAACCAAUUAUCACUUGUAUGAGGCCAAGAAAACCAGUUUGAUCGUCAAGAAAAGCAAAUACCUGGCUGAUUGUCAAAAAGGUCCCAAAUACUUUUCCAUCGUACAGUCGAAUCCUUAUCAAAGUCCGCGAAAACAACACCGAGAACAUGGGUUAUUCCAUUCGCGCAGUGAUUGCGAGAUUACGAUCGAUCAUAAUGUCUAUGAGAAAGUAGUCUGUGACGAGAUGCGAAUACUUCAACCGCUCUCCAAUGGCAAUGAAGCCGGCGCCAGAACGGACUCUCGGGCAAUCCUUCAGCUGGUUCAAGAAACGACGGAGAGUUUCAGUCACGAAUUCGAAGAGGAUGAAGAUAAUGAUGAUGAGGAAAAAGAUGAGGAUAACUUCGUGCAAAGUGCAUCUCGCAUAAAAAGGACCACGUUGUUGUACGACCACGCGAAGACUUUGAAGACUAUGCACGGCGAGUUGCGCACCUCCAGAGACUUACUAAAACAUAUGUGCAGGCUUGGGAGUACCGACGAGUUGCAGCAGAGAUAUUCUGAAAUAUUUACUAAUUUCAUCCAAUCGGCUCGCUUCCUGGAUUAUCCCUCGUUGUCACAGCUAUUCAACAGAGCUAACAGCAUUUGCAAAAAUGGAAAAAAGCACAUUGUCGCAGCACUGCCAUAUUUAAACAGUAACGCUGCGGUAAAGGUGAUGAAUGAUCUGAUAAUCAAGAAAUACGUCAAUGAGGCGACCAUCAACGAUUGGAUCAUUACUUUCGCUCUGUUUCCACAACCAGAUCAGGAAACCAUCAAGGCUCUUUCAAAUCUACUGGAUUUCCAGCAUCAAAUUCCUCACGUUCAGUUUAUUCUUAGCUACUCUACGAUCAUUCAUACGUACUGCAAAAACAACGAUGCCGAUUGCAUUGAUUUGGAGGAGGUAAACGUGCUUCUAUCGCAUCUUGAACAGAAAAUUUCACAAGGUUGCGAACCGAGUUUUCACUCUUCUGAUACAAUAAAAGAAACGCUCGAAGCUUUGAAAGCAAUUGGUAACAUGGGACUUGAAACAAAAAGCUUGCGAAGAGAACUGAAGAAAUGCAUCGACGACACUGGAGGAUUCUUACCUAUGGAAGCUCGCAUCGCAGCCGUCGAUGCUUAUCGUAGGCUGCCGUCCUGCGAAGAGACUCGGGAUGAAUUCUUCCUCGAUUAUUACCGUAAUACAACGUUAGACACGGAGAUCCGUAUUGCCUCUUACUUACAGGUGAUGCGUUGCCCCGAUUACAACGUUAUCAAGACUAUUAAGCACACUCUUAAAGUAGAAGAAGUCAAUCAAGUUGGUUCUUUCGUAUGGAGUCAUUUGACAAAUCUUUACAACUCUGCCUCGCCUACUAGAGUCGAGAUCCAAAGUCUGCUGACGGAUCGGGACAUUGGCAACAAGUUCAACAGCGACGUUAGAAAGUUCUCGCGUAAUUACGAGAACUCCUUUUACUCCGAGGAGUACAAUGUUGGCGUGAAUUAUCAAACGAAUCUGAUCUUCUCGCCGAAAUCAUAUGUGCCACGAUCGCUCACUUUCAAUGUGACCGCCGAUCUCCUCGGGCAAUCUGUGAAUCUAUUUGAGAUCACCGCACGAAUGGAAGGCUUCGAAUAUUACGCGGAGAAUCUCUUUGGACCGGAUGGCAUUUACAGAAACGAACGAAUUUCGAAUUAUCUACAGAAUUUUCUCAGACGUUUUAGAUCGGCAUCGGAGAAUGAGAAUUAUUGGGAUGGUGUGAAACGGUUACCGAAUGUUAUCGACAACAAUUUCGAUCAUCCAAAAUUAAGUCUCGGUUACAAGAUAUUUGGAAACGAAUUAUUAUUUAUGAUGUUGGACGGUGACAAACAGGUGAGGACUGCACUGGCGAAUUUCAAUCCUGUGCAGAGAAUAAAUGAGUUUCUAGCUAUGCAGGAGAUUCUCUAUGAGAAAACCGGGAUGUUUUUGGAUUCUUCUUAUGUAGUACCAAUGGGGUCCGGUCUGCCAAUUCGUUUGGACCUUGCCGGUUCCGCGGCUUGCUACUUCAAGAUAUCAAAAAUGCUUAACAAUGCUCGAUUUUCCGAUAACCAAUUUCAACUCACUGCUAACAUCGCUUCCAGUAUAAGUGUUGAUAUGAUGAGCACAAUGACGGUGGAUGCUUUUUAUAAAUCCGCCGGACUCAAGCUACGAACAAACCUUUAUUCUUCUGGAACAAUGCAGCUUCAUUUGAAUCUGAACAGCACCCGUUUAGUGCACGUGAGUCUGGGUUUACCGAACCGCAAGAUAGAAUUGUUCUCAUUAGUCUCGGAUGUUGCUCUCGUCAAAAGCAACGGUGGCAAUGUUCAAGAGAAACCAUUGGGUAUCUUGGUAGCCGAUCAGAAGAAUUCGCGAUAUCCUGUAAUUGUGCCCCAGAAUAUUGUCAGCAACACUACCUGCAGCUGGGCCGCCUUAGAUAGAUUAAUAGGCUUAAAAAUGUGCACCGAUUAUCAAUUUACAAACGUGACUAGGGAUCCCGAUGCGCCUUAUUUCAUUUUGAAUGGUCUCACGCUUUUCAAAGUUUCCUUGAUCAAAGCCGAUCCAACCGCAAAAAAUUACGUGUUGGAGUAUAGCUGGAACAACACCGAGAAAUAUAACACGCUUAAAUUAAUGUUCGACACACCUGGCUCACAGGUGAACAGGGAGAUAAGUGCUGUUAUCAUUUUUGACAUAAUAAAUAAUAACGUUUCUGCUUUAUUUCAUUCGGCUGGUAAUUCUCUAAUUGCUAAAGGUGCAUAUAAACGUACCGAAGAUGAGAUUUUUAUGGAUAUAGGUUUUGAUAUUAAUGGCACGAAGCACUUAGACGCCAGUCUGGGUUACUCAAGAAAGAAAUUCAAUCAUGGUUAUACUUAUUAUCCUACAGCUCAUUUAACUAUCAACAAUGAACGAGUUGCUGCUCUUUCAGGUGCCGUUAGAAAUGCACAGAAGAACAAUAUCUCCCAGUUCGACAUAGAUAUGACCUUCCAAACGAAGCGAGUCUGGAGCAAAUUGGUUGGUUAUAUCGUCAGACGUAACAACAGUCUGGCCGGCGAUUUUCAGCUGGACUAUCAGUUGCAACGUAUGCCGAAGAAAGAGACUCUUCACUUGGAGGUUUCGCUGUCCAAUCGCUCAUCGAAGACGCUAACGCAUAAGGCCGCCGAAAUAAAAUUGCAUUCUAGCGCUUAUCCGCAACUUAACAAUGUAAUAAGCGCCUGGUAUCAACAAGCGCUCGGUCACUUGGAACUUCAUGCCGAAGUGAAUUCCAAUCCGCAUCUUAAGGAUGACCGACACAAACUUACGGCGCAACUUAUUGUCUCCUAUUCGAAGAUGUACUUCCAGAAUCAAGGCACAAAGGUAUCUGCACUGGUAUCCAUCACCAAACCAAUCCAAAAUUUGGACCUCAGGAUGGGAGUCAAUCACCAUGUCGUUGGACCCGAAUCGAAGACUAAUUUGCUCAUAAAAUACGCUCCAGGCAAGGAGAUUAGUUUGUUCGUUAACAUCAUUAUGCCGCGUGGUUUGUUAUUCUCUUUGGAAGGUCACACGAACCUGACAAUUCCGAACUUUAACUCGAUGCUGAUCAAUGCGCGCAUCAAUGAACGUUCGCGAAAUGAAUACGACCUAGAUUUCUCCGGAACAUGGUUCAGCGGUCACAACAUGACUGCGCGUGGCGCUUAUACAGAUCGAUCCGUAGCUGUUAUUGUUAAUCAUCAUUUGAAGAUGAUCGUUAAAUCGCCGAGCUUAGUCAGUCCGAUUUUGUUUAAUUGCCAUUUGUAUCAGAAUCAUAGCGAUUUCAAAGUCAGUCUAUACGCCGAGCAGUUGGACUAUGAUAAGUACGCCUUUGUACUGAACCACACGGCUUUAUCACCAACCAGCUUGAUGUCUUACGUGGAAGCGAGAUAUCGCGGUAACAUGUACUCGGCGAUGACGCACGUCGACACCAUGCGAGAAAUUCGCGUAGAGCUACAUCUGGACAAAUGGCGGGACGUGCAUCUGACCCUGAGCGGAAUCAACAAAGAAAAUCAGAAGGAGUUUGCGGCAGAAAUCAAGUGGGACGCUAAUAGAGAUCCUGCCUUAAAGUUUGGCACGAUGUUGCAGCUGAACAGAAUGUAUCUGAUGAAUGCAACUUCUCCUGGAAUCAAGCGAAGUGCGAUGAUAACGUUGACCUAUCCGGGUCGAUUGGUAACAGGUUCUUGUGACUUGAUUGUACGCAGUCCACAUAUUUAUCUAGUGGAUGUUAUCCUGGACUGGGGUAUGGAGAAUGCGAUUAAGGCGUCGAUCGGCGCCGACUACGUCGUGCAUUCGGAAAUGAUAACGGUCAAGUUGGAAUCGCAAUUAUUGACGCCUUUUGAAAACUGGAAGAAGACUGCUUUAAAUGCAAAAUAUCUGCAACUGUCAAACGAGAUCCUAGCCAGUAGCAGCGCUCAUUGGAAGGACUCUCAGCAUGUGUUGGCGGAGUUUCAUGCUAAAGCGAGUGAGCACAAGGAUCUGAACGAAUGGGCAGCAAACUGCGGCUUAAUCAGCACCGUUCACUCCAACUCAUGGAUAACCGUAAAUGUUACCCAUAAAUUACGCUCGCAAACGGUAGACACACAUUUGUUGAUUAAAUACAAUCCUGACAAGACAAUCGACGCGCGUAGUAUCUGGCAUUUAGACAAGCAAUCGGACGAUGUGUUCAAUCUGACCGGAAAUAUGCAUUUGCAUUCACCCUUGAUAAAUUACCAGAAGAGUGAACUUAAAUGCCAACUGCGCCUCAUGACCAACUGGAAAUUCUUUGGUGCGGCCAAUUUUGAUCUGGAUAAACGCAAAUACACCGGUCAAUUGAUUGGCGAUCUCGUACACUGGAAGGAGUCCAAGGUAGAAUUUAAUGUUACUACGCCGCUAGAGAAGUUUGCCUUUGUUCGUGGCAGAUUCGGCAUGUCGGAAAGUAAUCAUCAUGUGGUGGCGGAAAUCGUCACCCCAAGUGGUCCUAUAGGCGUUGAGGGAUUGUGCCAAAUUUUUACUGCUAUUCAUGACUUCAACGUCAAAUUCAUGCUGGCGACGCCUCUCGAAGUGCUGCAAAAGGCGCUGGUGGUGGCCAAGCUGAAUAGGCGCGAGGCCGACUUUAGGAUCGCCUACAAUAACAUCACGGCUGGCUUUCUCGGCACUUGGCACUAUCAUAAUAUCACCGAUUUCGAUUACAGCUACAUAGUGUUCACGCCUCUCGACGGUCUGCAAGAAUGCGGCGUGAUCACAAGGCUGAUCGUAACGCACACGGAGCCGGCGCAUAUGUUGAGCGUAGAUACAGAAUUCACGGUAACAUUGGCGAAGCUUAAACUCGGCAUUAAGGCUAAGGGUGGACCAAAACCACCGCCUGUUAAAAUACCACUAAAACCGGGGAUUAUAAGUUCCACCGAAUCGUUAGAAGAGGAAGAAGAGUAUGAAGAGGAGGAGGACAUGGAAGAGGACGAUGGUCUCUAUUGGCGAGGAGAAGUGCAGAUAUCGGCCGCAGUAGUGGCAGAUAUAUCAGCUGAGUUGGAUAUCGAUACUGAAGAUGAUACUUAUAAAAUAUUAGGCAUAUUACAAUUUCCACCCGAAAAAAUCGUCAUAGACGACAACUUUUUCAUGGAAGAUAUGUUUCAUAUAAAGAAUGAUCUACAUAUUGAUCUAACGUUUAGCAAUAUUAGAGAAAUAACAGCGCUAAACGCAUUUGUCGUCGAUAUGGAAAAUCUCAACUACCUCAUGGACAUGAAUGUAAACGUCAGAACAAAAGCUAAUAAAUGGUUCGAGACUGGAUUUCGCGGCAAUUAUACGCAUCGAGGUAAUGGGAAAACUCGAAAGAUACAUUUUGUGAAAUUCGACAUAAAGACACCUUUAGAAUUUCUCAAAGACAUUCGUACUGACGCAAUCGUAGCGUUUGAGGGCAAUAUGCACAGGAGUACACUUAUGAUUCGUGGAAAUCAAUUGAUCUUGGAUGCACACGGAAGUAUAAAGGUGGAGCAGGCUUUGUUCGACGGAAUGAUUUCGAUGGCGAUCGAUUCGCCUGUUAUAAAAAUACCUAAAACCAUGAUUGCCGCAAAAAAGGAUUUCACCGGAGAUAGAAAGCAAAUUAACUUUAAUGCAAAAAUGGAAAAACCUGUAUCUAAACAUAUAUCUUUUGAAUCUGGUUGGCAAGUAGACGACCAUCUUGUAAAAGCUUCCGCGAAACUGCAAAGCUGGAUAAAAGCUCUAGAAUUUUUGGAGACUGACAUUCUCUAUAGCAACGCGAUUCUCAUAAAUAAUACUGCCAAAUUAAAUGUACACGUGACGCAUCUCGGCAAUCGAGAGUAUCAGUUGACUGGAAACUUAAACAACGGCAAGAUCGAUGGCGAUCUAUACACGCCACUGUCGGAGAAACCUCAUUUUCAGUUUCACGGUGACUUAAGACAGGUCAACGAAUCCAUCUAUGAUGUCAGAGGAGAGUUGAAAGACGAGCUACAAGCGAAAUCUUACGAUCUCAGCUCUAUCAUCUUUAUGCAAGAUAAUACUAUCAAUUCAGUGGAUGUGAAAGCAGAACCGAAAAGCGCGAACACCAAUCGAUUGAUUUUGAGACUGAAGAGAAAGAGAUAUGGUCUUCUAUUAGAUGUUGAUGGUGGUUUAUUCAACAGUAGCCUCGAUGCAGAGGUAAUCAACCAUUUGAAUUGGCACGUGAGAGCACGCACAGAUAUCCAGAAGACUAAUGUAGAAGUAGAUACCUAUAAGCUGAACACUUUUAUGAGCGUGCAAACAAAUGGCAACAUUACUUUAUAUAUUCGUGCUGAGACACCCUGGAACGACAGCAGAAUCCUGAUGGUGAAAGGCAACAUGACGUUAACCAAUUUGAGUGGCGAUGUCCGGCUGGAUCAACGAUUGAACGACGAUCGAUGUCACGGAAGCAUGCAAUGGAAGUUGAUCUACAUGGAGGAUAUGCUUGUAAAACUGAUCACAGGAUACGAUACUACGGACCUAGGUAAGAAGGAGUUGUCCACUCAAAUGUUUUACAAGAAUCCCGGCCGGUUAUUCAGGAACAUCGACGCGGGCUUCGGUCUCGAUAUUGAUCGAAAGGCGUGGGAAUUUGAAACAAACGCGACCAUUGGUUUUCGCAAUCAGCAAAACAUCGAUGCGGUGUUCAUCAUAAAGUUGCCGCCCCCGAAUAAGGAUGAUCAUCGAUUCCUGAUCAGCUAUCACACUAAUAAAGAGAUGCAGGAUAUUUCUUAUGUAGUGGGCUACAAUACCGUGCUGUCGAAGAGUAAUUACGCUUCCGACGGAUCGAUUCGAAUGGCUACGCGCGACAUUAAUGGACAUUUCCGGCUGACUUGGGGAUUAUCGUCUAUGGCAUCUCUCAACAAUCUUUUCAAUAUAACUUUUGAUAAGAAAGAGAUCAUGUUCAAAUAUUCUCUAUUUACGCCUUUAAUCCCGCAAGAAGAAACGGUCGUGCUUUUCUUCAACUACAACGCUAAUUCCGAUAAACAAAAUUUGAUUAACGCCGAUCUUUAUUACCCCUCAAGACGGCAGAUUGGUACUGCAAGGAUAUCUUAUGAAAGUCUGAUUAAUGUCAAUGGAACUGUUAACACUACGAUACCUAUGGAACAUUUUACAUAUGUUGGCUGUAAUUUUAUCGUACUUACCACUCUGAAACAGAAUAAAAGAUUUGUCGAAUUCUUUUGGCCCAACAAUACGGCUUUGUUGAACUCCGAUUACAAUUAUCAUAGCGAACGAUUGGAUUCGAAUCUAGAAGGCGUUUUGCACGUAGAAGUUCCUUUGCAAGCUCGUCACAUUGGUAUUUUGAACUACGGCUAUAAAAAACGUCCGCAAGUUAUUACUGGCCAUUCGACCUUAAUGUACAAUAACCAAAAGGUGCUGGACGCUCAAUAUAACUCAAAGAGUGAGUCCCGAGCUGGUUUCGACAAGGAUAGUAUUCAGAUCACAGUGGAGAACAUUUACAAGCCCAUAGGCAUUGUCUACGUGAAUCAGUUCGAAUACAGUGCUGGAAACGAGGGUACGAACUAUCCUACUGUGGAGUUCAAACAGGUUAACAUCUACCGACUGGACAACAGCUCGGCGUUCAACAUCGCUGGCGAGUCCAGAAUCCGGACUACCCAUACCGGCCAAAAUAUCCACUUCAAAGCGAUGCAUUUAAACAAGACGGUUCAGUUGAAGACAGACUAUCAGAUUUUGUCCGGCGAGUUUGAUCAGAACACUUGGCUAAGUCUAGCUGAGGAUGCCUGGGUAUCAUAUCACGUGAACAUUCUGAACAAGACUACUGAGGACGUGGACAAUCAAUUUCUUAUCCUCAGUAUCUCUUACCCGCGACGAAACUUCACCCUAGGCGGCUCCUACAGGAUUGCCAAUAAUGAGAUGAACUCCGAAGCGAAUUUACAAUGGGAACGUGACGACGAGAAGUUGAGGAGUAUUGGCGCGGCUUUUGAUUGGAUGAAUAUCACUGAUACGUCACUGGAGAUUGAACAACAAGCUAUACUGAGUUUUUAUCAUCCGACCUUCAAGAAGAACGUUACGUUAAAAGGUGUAUUAAUGAAAAAAGAUUACAGAGAUCUGCUAAAUGUCGCUUUCACAGCGGAUUAUUCCAAUAAUGAGGAUAAAUUAUUGACGUUGUCCGCGUUGCUCAGGGACGAGAGCGACGAAUUGAACAAAAAGUAUUUUUAUAAGAUAGCCGGCAAGCACAUUAGUACUAAAUUGGAUCUCGAUAUUGAAGGAUUUGUUCAUAGAGAAGGAUACGUGCUGCUCGAAACCGUGAAUCACGCUCAAUACACACGCGGUUACAUGCCGAGUGAAACUGGAGAACUUAUUGGUCGAAUUGACCGAAAAUCAAGGGAAAUAAUCUAUCGACGAGUGAACAAUGACGCUAUUAAAUAUUUCGCGAUUGGCUAUUAUCCUUCAUCUUCUCGAUACAUCAUAAAUGGUAGCGUUAUCAAUACACCGGAACUUAAUGCAACUGGCAUUUUCUUCUUGGACACGGAUGAGGAACUCACUUGGAUGAUGGUGAAUUACACACCCGAUGCGACAGUGAGUUUAAGAAUGCACGGCAACAUUCCGGAUGCUCGAAACGCCAUAUUUAAUAUUUGGAGAACCUACGAUGACGACUUAAAAAUUUCAGAUGUUUCUUUCUAUUUAAAAUUGAAUCACUCAAGGCUCGUUACUUCAACUUUACGAUGGCGGCCUGAACUUAAAAACGAUAUUUUUAUCACUGUAAAAACGACUUUUAACGACAUGUCCGAAAGCGUGGAUAAAGAUAUUGAAUAUUGGAAGCAUUAUGUAAAGAACGAAGUAAGAAGUAUUAUCUUGGAUGUGUGGGAGAAUGCUCAAGAGGAUAUCUCGGAAUUCCUUGACGAUUGGAAUGAUUUAAAAAUUCUCGAGCAUGAUUUUGAAGAUCUUAAAAUAUAUUUGAACGAUUCCUACAAUGCAAAUGAUUUUUACAUCAAAGAUAUCGUUGGUUUCGGUAUAUACGUCAUUGAUGAAUUAUCUCUGCGACAUCAUAUUGAAUCCCUUCCUAAUAUCUUCAAUGAAAUCUGGGAAAUAAUGGGCGAGUCUGGCCAAGCUCUACGAAAUUCGUUGGUUUGGUUGAUUGAGACCAUCAAGAAUGCUUACAAUAAGUUAUCCGAGAUUACAGCUGCUGUGCUGAGAGGCGAUUCAUUGUCGCAGGUAGCGAGUACAAUCGAGAACUUGAUCGAAAAGUACGACAUAUUCAUCAAAGACCUGCAUGUGUCUUUCAUCAAAUAUAUUGAAAAUCUCUGGGACACAAUUUUCUCAUCUAUCUCAGACCAAUGGUAUAGCUUUUUGAAGUUAGUGGAACCUCUAUUUAUUCGCUUUGUCCAUUAUGUCGAGACGCUCGUCUGGAAGGCAAGCAAGGAGAUGCUGGACUUCUUGUACGACCGUAAGCAAGAGCUCAUCGCGUCGCCGUAUUUCGAUCGCUUCACUAAUUUUACCCAUGACAUCGAUAAGGUCUACCGCGAUAUCAAGGCGAAUGAUAUAGUGACAAAUGUGCACAAAUAUUCAGGGUUGAUGAUACAGUUUGUAAAGGAGCGCUACUUCGCCUUCGUGCCAUUCGGCAAGGAGCUCAAAGAUGUCGUGGAUGAGAUCGUGUUGGAAUUGAAAGAGCUCAGGAAACUGCCAUCAAUUAACUACGCCAUGGAGAAGUUUGAACAACUGUAUAACAGAAUUGGCUAUUUCUGCGACUACUUCGAGGUCAAGCUCAAAAUAGAGAGUUUCAUCCGGUUAGUGCACUCCAAGAUGAUGGACAUUAGUCAAACAGCGCUGGAAGCUGAGAGCCGCUACAGGGAAGCUAAAACCAUGUUCAUCUUCGAUCCUAAUGAGGGCUUGAUGUGCUUGGAGCAGAAAUUACCCAUGUCUUGGCACGCCUUCAAUCAGACGCCCGAGAUCCAUGAGAUACCGGAGAUCAGAGCGAUCGCGAAUGUUAGGACGUACUUCGUCAUCUCGAACACUACUUUCUGGAGUCUUUACUAUCAGUACAAGCCAUACUCGGAGUUAUCGAAUUGGUUACCGCCAUUUAAAGCGCAAGCCAUGAUUAUUGGCUCUCAACAUUACAUUACCUUCGAUGGACAUUACUUUGACUUUGCUGGAACUUGUACCUAUUUGUUAGCAAAGGAUUUCGUACACGACACUUUCGCAGUUUUGGUGAAAUAUGAUCAACAAGCCGAGGAAGUUACCCACAAGAUUAUUGUGCUAAUAGGAAACAACGCUAUUGAGUUGGAUCUCUUUAACGAUACGAUGAAGCUAAUCUCUCAGAAAUCAGCGGACGUCACGAGCAAUCUGCAGCUGCCAAUUGAAUUGGAUAACAGCACAUAUGUUUAUCAAGUGGAGAACGUGGUGAUGGUAGAGCGCAAAAACAACCAAUUCCGACUGGAGUGUAACCUUAAGUUUAAUCUGUGCACCUUGGAAUUAUCAGGCUGGUAUUAUGGGAAGACGGCUGGUCUACUCGGCACGAUGAGCAAUGAGCAAUUUGACGACACUCUAGGAUCAAACAAGUUGAUUCUUAAGGACACUGGCAGCUUUGCUCAUAGCUGGUCCAUCGACGAGAACUGUGUCGACACAACGAACUACAUCAGUAGGACUGAACAAGAAGACGACACAAUAUACACGCUCUGCGACGAACUGUUCGUGAAUAAAAGCUCAGAAUUUGGAGUCUGUUUUAGCGUAAUCGAUCCAACCAAGUACGUUGAUAUGUGCCUGAGUAGCCUCACUGAAACCGAGGUGUGCACGGUGGCGAUGUCAUACAUGCAAAUGUGCAUGUUCCGCGACACUUAUCUACGAAUACCCGAUCGGUGUACCACGUGUGCCAUGAUAAAUGGCAGUCAAGUGUCCGAGGGUCAUUUCGAGCGGCUGGAGGGCGAUAAAGUGCCACGAUCGGCCGAUGUGGUGUUCAUCGUUGAGGCGAAGAGCUGUAAUCGCGACAUGAAGCUAAACCUCAGCAUGGAGUUGCUGAUCACGCAACUCAGUAAGGAGUUGGACGAUCAAGGUCUCACGGGUAACCGAUGGUCCCUAGUAGCGUUCGGUGGCGACGGAGUGUAUGAUAGACCAAGAAGUAUAGUCCUCGAUGGACAGGUCUUCACGAAGAAUGUGCCACGCUUUGUUGAUUACUUUGAUUAUGUGCCGAUCGGCAGCGGUAGCCAAGAUAUCUUCGAAGCAAUCGGUUUUGCUUCGCGGCUCGUCUUCAGGGCUGGUGUGUCGAAGACCUUCAUAUUAAUACCGUGUUCGCAUUGCGAACCGGAAAACCAGACGCUGGAGUAUUCCGUAUUACACCAAGUACUACUGGAGCACGACAUCACUCUGCACAUACUGAUGGACGGCGAUUUUGAGUUCGAGAAGGAGAAGAUCAGUAAGAUUUUCUAUGGUUUAGACGCGGCCAAAUCAUACACGAAGAAAGAUUCCCGUGUCUUGAUCGGUGACGUCGAUUUAAGAAGGCAGGCUAAGCUCUCAAAGAACGUGCUAAGCUACUGCACGCCGCUGUCCCUGGAGACGAAUGGCACGAUAUUCAGCGGAAACAAGUUACGUCUUGAGAAAUCUGCCUCGAUCAAAAAGUUCGCGAGUGUUUUCUCUAAGAGAAUCGCUCUCACAGCCGAGCCGAAUAAAUGCCAAUUCUGCGAGUGCACUGCCGACAAUAACGGCGUCACGCAGAUGGAAUGCAUGCCAUGUAUAUACCCGACGCCCGUGCAUGUGGAUUACGUGAGCGAAACUUUUGAACUCAACGAGUCGCUCUCGAUGAUGCCACAGUUAGAUGAUGUAGAUUACGGCCAAAUCGAUAUAGAGAACGACUGAAAUAUAAUUAAGGAAACGCCGCACAGUUAGAUAAUACUAGAUGUUAAAUAACUCGCUGGUAUUAGCCGUAUUUAUUUAUACCUUAUAAUAUAGGUAAUAUACCUACCUCCCUUUCCAAUCCAAAAUUUAUUUUACAAUAAAUUGGAAUAUGAACCUGGUUUAUAUUAAGAAUAUCCAUUAAAAAUAUAUUUAAAAAAAUGAA